UUACGCGGCACCUCAAGCUCCAGAGCGCAGUCUCCACUGCGCAAUCUCUAUGUCCUCCCCAUAAUAAAACCCAUGCUGGCAGCCGGCGUGUCUGCGCAGCAUCAGGAGCGGCUUCGCAUCACUUUCCUCAUUCCGCUUCAUCGGUCACAUUCAAAUGGGAGCUCGCUGCCUUCCGCUCCGACGCGGUGUCCGCGCGCAGCCAGCGGGCAGAGCGCACGGAGCAAAUACCCAAGAAAGAUAAACGGUCUUGCCUCCAAACAUAAGGCUGCAAUGAUUGACAAGGCAGUGACAGCUCCUUUCCAGCAGGAUGUGCGUUUUCUUAUCACAACCCCCUCCAGCUGCGUACAAGGUGAAAAAAGGCUCCAUAUGUGAAAGAUUUGUGCGUUGGCUCCCUAAAAAGGCUUGAUUUCUAAGGGAACAGAAAGUAACAAACCUCUCAGAUGUUCUGUCCCUGAUGUUUUUACUUCCUCCUGUGACGGAGUUCACUGAGCCGAACACGGAGGAACAAAACACCUCUGCAGAAAAAAAAGAGGAAGACCAGCACAUCCGUAUAGUACUAGUAACGGGUGAAACAGUCAGCAUUGCAAAACAGGCAGAGGAGUUUGUAGAAUGAAAGCAUGACUAAAAGACAGAAGAAGUAAAAAACAACAACAACCAUGCUGAGGACCUAUGAGGGGAUCUACAUUGGUCUGGAGUUGGUGAUUGCGCUCCUGGCUGUAGCUGGAAACAUCUUGGUCUGCUGGUCUGUCUGCCUGAACUCCAACCUGCAGAGCAUCACUAACUUUUUUGUAGUGUCGCUGGCUGUGGCUGAUAUUGCGGUGGGACUGCUGGCCAUUCCUUUUGCAAUUACAAUUAGUGUGGGUUUCUGUGCUGAAUUCCAUGGGUGCCUGUUCAUUGCUUGCUUCGUCCUCAUUCUCACCCAGAGCUCCAUUUUUAGUCUGCUGGCUAUUGCUGUGGACCGCUACAUCGCAAUCAAGAACCCACUCAGGUACAACAGUCUGGUGACGGGACAGAGGGCAAAGGGCAUCAUUGCAUUCUGCUGGGCUGUCUCUGUGGCCAUCGGCCUGACUCCAAUGUUCGGCUGGAACGCAGGUUGGAAUUCCACUAUCACUACAACUGAGAGCAAGAGGUGCUCUGAAGGCAUGACCGAAUGCUUUUUUGAGAAGGUGGUUACCCUGCACUACAUGGUCUAUUUCAACUUCUUUGGAUGCGUUCUUGUGCCUCUGUUGGUCAUGCUGGUCAUCUACGCCCACAUCUUCAUGGCGGCGCGUAGGCAGCUCCGUCUCAUGACUCUGAAAGUGGCGCAAACUCCUGCCCCUGGACAGAGAGCCCCGACUCCCACCUCGUCUCGCUCCUUUCUGCAGAGGGAAGUUCGUGCUGCGAAAUCACUGGCCAUCAUCGUAGGUCUGUUUGCUCUCUGCUGGCUUCCUCUGCACAUCAUUAACAGCUACAACCAUCUAUGUCGGAACUGUGAGCGCCCACACAUACUGGUGAUGAACAUCGCCAUCAUCCUCUCCCAUGCAAACUCCGCUGUGAAUCCCUUCAUCUAUGCCUACCGCAUCCGGGAGUUCCGGCAGACUUUCCAGAAGAUUUGGAAGCAGCACAUCAUGAGGCAGAGAGACGGCUGCAGGAUUGGGCCGGGGGAUACCAACAGCAGAGAAAUCAGAAGCCACAGUAUCGGGAGGACCUCCCAAACCAGUAAAGAUGAGUCAUCAGGUGACACAGUGGUAAACAGUUGUUUUCUGGAAGUCACUCCUGACCAAGCAGGACAAAAAACAGCUCAUGAACCGUCUCAGCAGUGGACAUCAUAUUCAAACGUGGAAUCCAGCAGCUGCACAAUCAAUGGACACCAAGGGAAAGGUGGCACUUCAGCAGAGCAGGAUGAACCUUACACCACAAAUCCUGCACGGGAUGCAGAACAUUCAGCUGCAGAAAUGGGUGUAGCAUCUAAAGCUGGGGCCGGAAGGCACACAGGAAGCUGCAUUUCUUUUAUAAAUGUUCAAGCUUUCUCACAAAAACACAUGGACUGUUCUGCAGAUACCACUGAUGUGUCCUGAUGAAGUGUGUCACCAGCAGGACAUGAUUAGUAAAAUGCAAACAUGUCAACAAAUUAUUAAAGGCUGGACCACCCGCAUUGAAAUGUACAUAGGGUUAAUUUUAAUAAUAAUAAUAAAAUAAUAAUAUUUUUCUAG